AUGUCCGUAUCGUCUCGAAAGGUCAAGGAUCGGUCGGAUAUGUUGCAACGGCGAAGCGAUGCGCACUUGGACAUAACGAAUGGAACCCUGUCGAUAAGCCAGGAGGGGGACUCUGAUGAAUCGCAGGAGAACAAGUCACGACCGGUCUCUUCAUAA